CGCAGGGGCGGAUCUAGGGGUCGUCAAAUCAGUCGCGCGACUGAAGUAAAAAUUGCCUACUUAAAAAAAUUUGACUCCAGCUAUCUAUAGUGGCCAGUAGAUCGAGUUACUAAAAUUUUGAAUCGUACCGGUAGUCCAGUUAUACGUUUCAUGCUGCGGCAGAGCUUCGGCAAAGUAAUGUUAGUCAGUCACGAACAGCGGUCUUACGCAUGAAAGUUGACGGAUUCGGGGGUCAAAUCCGGCUAUCUGAUUGGCUGACAUGCUCAUUUCCAUGGUUACGGCCAUUUGCGACGGAUCUGUGGGGAGGCCUGACGGAUUUGCAGAUUCAGGGGCUCUGUAUGAGCCUUCUGAUUGAACCAUUUAAAAAAAUUCUGCACUGUCAUUGGCUUAUAUUUUCGAUGGAUUCGCAACGUGAGGUAUUCGUCAACACCGCAUUAGUGUUUACCUCUGAGUGUUUACUAUUUCGAACGUUUACUAUUACGAGCGAUUUCUACCAGCGAUAUCUGGAAACAUUUUCGACAAUGUUCAGUUUGCGAUUGCGGCAAACAAUUUGGAAUCUCUAUACAACGUUUGUAUACGGAGCUUGAAAAGAAUAUCGAUGCCUCACGGACGAAUUUUGUUGACAAGCUACUGAGCGGCGCCAUCAACAACACAAGCAGAAGCCGCGCUAGAAAUUUUGGCGCAGAGAGCUACUGCUAGAGAAAGACAAAGCUUGCACUGCAAUAAGGUAGAUAAAUUGAUGGUUUUAUAGUUAUGUAUCUUUAGUUCAUAUUAAAGGUUUAUAAAGCGGAGUACCAAGCCAUCGGUGUUGUUAAUGAUUGUCUGACAUAUGAUAUUUUAAUAUCUUCGCUAUGCUAUAUUGCUGUAUUAGCAUAAUUUUCGCGUCAAGAAGCUAAAAUAUGUUAGUAUUCAAUGUCUACAUUGUAAGCAUUUAUUGAUUCUCAUGUUAGUGAAGUUUUAUUUAAAAUUUCUUUAUAUUUAUGCAUUAAUCACACAACAUGUACGCGUAACGCGUAUACGUGUAUUGUUUAUCCAUAGCCUAUCGACAAGGCUUGUUAGACCGCAUUGGUCGACGUCUGAUGUAACAUGAUGAUGUGAAAUAUUUAAUUGUAGGUAGCUUGAAAAGCUCUUUGACUGGUAUAGCCAUUCUGAUGUUACUACUUUAUUAAUAGUAUAUUUUGUGUUCAAUAUAUAGACCACAGUAAGACUUUAUUAAUAGUAAGAGUUUAGUUUAUUAAUAUUUGAAUUAACAUCUUUGACUUAGUUAAUGAAUAUGUGGUUGUUUUUUUUGAGCUUAGGCUACUGGCAAUUACUUGUGAUGUAUAGUUCUGUGUUUUUGGUAACAGAACAGUAUAUUUCCUUAAUGCAUUUGCUGCCAUAUGAUUUUAGAAGUUUUACAAUGAUACACUUAUAAGCAUAUAGUACCAAUAUGACGACGAUUCUUAAUCCACAGGCAAAUGAAACAUAUUAAAUUGCUGCUGAGUUUUAAAGUAUUAUCAUCAAUAUAUCUUUGUGCAGUGCAUUUGUAGUUGUUCUUACAGUGCCUGUGGAUAAGAAUCAAAUGCUCGUUUGAGUUCAUCAAUUUAAUCUAAAUCUGUUUUAUAAUUUGAUUAAUUAGGAUUUAGUUAAUAGGUGUGUGGGGGGGGGGGCAAAUCGCAUUUUAUGUACGGAAAAUUCUAAAAAUCCAGUGGCGGACUAUCAACACAAAAAUUAUUUAGCGCCCACUCCCCCCGUCUGGAGUCGACCACGCCCAGUCGAGACCACGCCCAGCGCCGAUAACGCCCCGUCCACCAAAAAAUUUUGACUGAGGUACGAAAAAUCCUAGAUCCGCCCCUGUUGGACGUAUGCUUUAUACGAUAAGCAUACUCUAGGCUACGGUACUCAUACGCUGGCAUUUCAAAGGAUUUUUGUGCGUAUGAAAAUUAUUUCGUUAAUUUUCAUACGCUUCUCAUACGUUUCUCUCAUACGCAAUAGUGUGACAGGGCCUUUACUAAAAUUUUUAUUACUAAACGCUAGAUCAAUCCUUAAUAAAAAAGAGGAACUUGAGGUCAUUAUCAGUCAGUGCAGCCCUGAUGUAAUCAUGAUCACAGAAACUUGGUUAUCUGAUAUCGUACCUGAUGAAGUCGUCAAUAUUCCGAAACUUUCAGUGGUCAGAAAGGAUAGACCUGUUGGAAGGGGUGGUGGAGUGCAAGUGUAUAUACGGGAAAGUAUAACUUACAAACUUCGACUCGACUUGUCAAAUGAUCAAUACGAGUGUGUUUGGAUUGUAUUACGCCCUGUCUGGCUCCCAAGAUCAAUUUCUAGAAUUGCAAUUGCGUGUGUGUACAUUCCUCCAUCUGUAAACAUGGAGACGGUAAAUAGCUUCUAUUGACUAUUUUUGCUACUGUUAUGAUAAAUUGAAAUCGGAAAGUCCAUGCACAGCAAUUAUUGCAGCUGGCGAUUUCAACCCUGACAGUAAUGGGUUGAAUAUAAGAACAAUCACACGCCAAUGCCACAUAAAACAGAUAGUAAAAGCACCUACCAGGGGUAAUGCCGUGUUGGACCUAAUUAUUACGGACAUACAUAAGUUUUACGAAGAUCCAGAAAUACUGCCCCCCCCCCCGCCCCCCUUGGGACAUCUGACCAUAGACGAAUUGUAUGGAGGAGGCAAAGGUCUAGGAAAGGGAGGUGCCAAGCGUCAUCGUAAAAUCUUACGAGACAACAUCCAGGGAAUCACAAAACCUGCUAUUCGUCGUCUCGCUCGUCGUGGUGGUGUAAAACGUCUCUGGUUUGAUCUAUGAAGAAAUUAUUGCAGCUGGCGAAUCGAAAUCAGUUAGGAUUUUAUAAAUUUUAUAUUGAUUUGACAAAUUUUAUAACUUCUUCUGCAGAACUGAACGAUUUAAACGCAGUCCGUUAGUAUAUGCAAUAGAUAAAUAUAACGAUAGGCUAGAACUGUAGUUUUUAAAUUGAGAAUGUUAAUAUGAUGCUAAGAAAUUGUUUUGUCAGGUGGGCAGAUUGUGUUUGGAAUAUAAGAGUAGUGUAAUUGGCGAUCAUUUUAACCUAAAUACUAAUGUUUAGAAAUAUUUCAGUCGUAUUUUAGAUAUACUUUUGUAUAUGCAUGUAAUCAUGCAGUUGUAGUUUUUAACAAGUAGUUGAACUAAAUUGUAAACACAUUAUAAUUUAGCGUAUCCUCUGCUGAAUUGUGGGAAAUAAAGCCAUUAUUAUUAUUAUUAUAUAUAGCAGUCUGACAAUUCGUUUCUGUAGUACGAGUACACGCCUUAAACUUGAAGAGUAUGUGGACUACCAAAUAAUAUUGAGUAUGUAAAAUAUGGAUAAAUACUAUAAAUUAAGGUGUAAUAUAAAGACAAUUUAGAUUAUUUAUAUUAGUACUCGCAGACAAAUUGAAACGAAGCUAGCUUGGUAGUAGAUGAUACUAAUCGCUUUGAAUAUCUUUUUGCAAAUUAACAUAACCGAUAUGUGGUUUCAAAAAAAGAUUUUCAUUUACGAGGACCCUACCUGUUUUUUUCGAGCAAACGAUGUGCCAUCAAUUAAAACAGGUAUAUCAUAUGAAGUUUUCUUUUGCUUGGUUUGAAAAAUAACAUGAUACGUUUUAUCAAUAUAUAUUAACAGACAGCUUAUAGCGUGACGUAUUGUUUCAAAUCCGACUAUGAGGACUGACUAGAUUUCAAGUUCGCCGCGCAAUUUGGCAAUUUGAUCAAGUCCGAGGCGAAGCCGAACACUGGUCAAAAUGCGAGGACUUGAAAUCUAAUCCAGUCCGAAUUGGAAGAUUUGAAAUGACAUCUCAUACGAAUAAAUCAAUACUUAAAGUGAGGUGAAUUAAUUUUGAUCCAAUCCAAGGACAUUCUUGUCCCCAGAGCCACUUUUGUUGAAAAUUAGGCUCUGUGUUAUACCUUAUACGACUAAAGGGCGAGAUCUGAUUAGCUUCUCAGAGAACUGCUAUUUCGCAGAAGUUGAGCAGUUUUCGCUGGGCAAAAUUAUUCUAUCAACAUAUGUCAACACAAAUACUUCGUUUCUUCGUAAUACUUCACAGUGAAAAUUGUUACGGGUGCUAAAGCGUUUCAAUUCAAGAGCAUGCGUUUUAGAAACAUGCAUUUCUGGGUCGGUGUGUCCCAGGAUCUAUGGAGGACGCGCGCGGCUGAGAGGCCCUGAGGAGGAGGAUGAUCCAUUGGAUGAUCCAAGGACUGGAUUAAUUUUGAUCCAGUACUAAUAUACUUUACCAGGUAUAAUGCAGUAUUAUCAUGUAAGCGGGUUAAAGCAGUAUAGUUGGCUAAUUUACUCAUGCAUUAUUAAUGUUUUGAGAUGUAAUAUUCUCGUGUGACUGAAUGACCUGAAGUGACGUUGUUUCACUGACAGUGUAUAUAGGGACUCUAUUUAUCAUGAUAUGAUUCAGUGUACAAAAUUAAAUCAGUUGAUUGUUACAGACCUGCCAAAUAUCACUUCUUGUUUAAUAAGCGUCCAAAAUUAUACAUGCUCAAAUUUCUCUUUUCUAUCCGCAGGAAGAAUACAUACAAGACGAUGGCACAGCAAACGGGCCGAUUGAAAAACAGGAUAAAGAGAUACAUUUUUCUCAACUUUAUAAUGAAAAUAGUGAACAUCCAACCAACAUUGCAAAAACAGAAAUCGUAGAAAACGCAGAAAUAGAAGCUAAUAAAGUAAUUUUAUCAGGACUUGACAAUAAAAAUACUAAACGUCCAUCUCAUGUUACAAAAACAGAAAUAGAAAACACUCAAACAGCUGAAGAAGUUGAAAAGCACGAAUGUGGUUCCCUAACAAACGAAAUUCCAUCACAGGAACAACGAUUAUUCAUCCACAGUUCAUGGCUCGCAGUACAAAGUUCGUAUUUUAGAGCAUUGUUUUAUUCUUCUGGUAUGAAGGAAUCUUUUUCGAAAGAAAUCAUUUUGAAAGUAACUGAAGAAGAAUUAAAGGCCCACUACACCUUGAUUAAAGCUAUGUACCAACCAUCAAUUCUUGAUCACAUGGAUCCAUAUAUGGUCCUUCAAGUGCUUAUACUUGCAAAUAAAUAUGAUGUUACCUUGAUUUUCAAAAAGUGCAAGUAUGUUUUGAUGUCAGUGAGUAUGUCCUUAGAGCUUUGUGAAUCAGUUUUAGCAGAUGUUAAUGAGAUGCCCGCCACAGAUGAUUUGAUGGAGUACCUUCGAUGCUUCCUUGUUAAUGCGUUCAACCCUCUUGACAAGGUCUGGGAUACGGAGGAAUUCAAAGAUCUUUCAGAAAUUUCUUUAAGAAUGUUAGUUUCAAGCAAUGAACUUACAGUAUUAUCAGAAAACACUGUUUUCAUUGCCUUGGUGUCAUGGUGUGAAUAUAAUGAUUAUAAUGGUCCUUCACUUCUGCCACUUUUACGACCAGAAUUAAUGACAGUCGAGUUUCUACAAGAGGUCAUAUAUAAUCAUCAUGUAGCAAAACAAAUGGACGGAUAUAACAAAUUAUUCGUGAAUGGUUUUCGAUAUCAUAGCUCGUCACCAAAGAGGAAAGCAUUGCUCGAGAAUGAGAUAACAAGGCGGGCUGAAUACAAGACUGACAAUGAACCUUCAUUUACAUGGCAGCUUUGCAUUUCUGAAGAUAACCAGCAGAAUUACAAAUCGGAUAGAUUUUGGUGGUGUGGUUUUGAAUUGACGUUAUCACUUAUAUUAGAGUCAAAUUUGUGGAGUGUUGGUCUUUACGUUCUCAACAUUGAAGACGCAAACAGUUUGAACUUCGUCUGGGUCAUUGAAGCAGAACUAUUUCCCGUAACAAUACGACGUCAGGUGACAUUCCGUAAUCAUUUUGAACUGGGAUACGACAAAAUGGAAUUUCCAUUUUCACAACCUAUUCAACGCAACAUUACUCGCUGUAUCAAAAUUUUUAUUCGUUUUGCCAUAUCUUCGUCAUUGAAUCCAGUUGCAUGCAGUUAUGACAGCAUGAGUGACGCCAGUAAUGUUGAGGAAUUCCGCGAUUAA